AUGAAGCGUUUGUUUCUUUUUGGAGAAGUUGAUGUUGAAUGUGCCUAUGCAAGCGGAUCUCUCGGCGGCACCCUUGAGAUCAUUGAUAUUGAUGGUCAAUGCGCGAUAUGGUCCUAUGACAACCAUGGCUGCACGGGAUCUUCAGCAUUCUUUGGCCAGCUUGAGGGAGAAAAAUGCUCAACGGUGAACGAAGUCGGAGACCAUACCCAUCGCUACCCUGUGCACGGGGUGGAGGCUUGUGGCACGGAAGACAAUUCGUCAGCUGCAUGGAUUCAGGUGAAGGAUACGGGGGUAGUCACCUUCUCCAAUCACCAGGGAGAAAUGUCGUCAUGCGUCCUCCGCUUUGACGACACCGAGGUCUUCGUCAUCAAUGUCGGAGUCAUCCUUGACUACCUCCCAGACCGCACCUUCUUCUGA